UCAGUUCUGGUUUCCAUUAACGAACUCUACAUAUUUCGCUGGAGUUAAUUAUACGAAAAUUCGGCACUGAAAAUGGGUAAUUCCAGUUCCAUUUGCGCCGAUCGGAAUGCCGUUAGGAAUUUCGAUGAAAAUGGCACGCCGGUAUAUCCAACAGCAAAUAAUUCCCACAGCCCUUCCAAUGGCCAAAUAACACCGUACAAUCUGCAGCAACAACAACAACAACAGAACGGCCUAUACAAAACCACAAUUCCCGUUGGUAGCUCGCGAAGCACCAGCAGCAGCUGUUCUCACUGCCGAACAGCUGACCCAUGCUCAGGCGCACUGGCGAACAACAACAAUGAGAGCACCCAACCCACACCACGACACAUGCUCUCUCGCACACAAACGCAGGCGGCGACGGGAGCACACUGUACGUGUAGCGACGCUCCGACGUCGGCGCAAAAAUGGCGCAGUAGUCGUGUGUGUAAAAAUCAUACGACUACAACGACGACAACACUCGAAUACGAACUUUCCAAUUUCGCAAAACUAACGACACAAAUCAGUACUCAAAGCGACAGCGACACAGCAACACCGUCAACAAAAGCAGCAGCAACAGCAGCUGACACAGGAGAGGAAGCAACGCAGCCAAGCGAUCAACUAGAAGUCACAGACUUGCCGCCACCACCGCAAGGACUGCAGUUAUCCUCGCAGUAUCACUGGAACCAACUGCACCGCAGUCUACACGCACUCCACCAGCAGCAACUGUGCAAUAGCUUCCAGCCACCGCAGCAGCAGCAGCAGCAUCGUUUUUACAGCAACGAAAAAGAUAGCAGCAGCACCGACAACAUGAGCAAGCCAGUGAACAUCGAGCAGUACACACCUGGACGUGAUCGUCUGGGACUUUGGGGCACCGGCGACAAUGAAGUCGUCGGAAGCGUCUCCGGAUUAACCCGUCUCAACGACAAGCGCUAUUCAAAGGGUCUGGCCUUCACACACGAGGAACGUCAGCAGUUGGGCAUCCAUGGACUGCUGCCUUAUGUCGUGCGCAACGGUGAGGACCAGGUCAACCAUUGCCGCAUCUUGCUCGACCGCUUGGAGAACGACCUGGACAAGUACAUGUAUCUGAUCAGCCUGUCGGAGCGCAACGAGCGGCUGUUCUACAAGGUGCUCAGCUCGGACAUUGCGCACAUGAUGCCGCUGGUGUACACCCCGACUGUGGGCUUGGCCUGCCAGAAGUACAGUUUGGUCUAUCAGAGCCCCAAGGGCAUGUACAUAUCGAUCAAGGACAAGGGCCACGUCUACGAUGUGCUCAAGAACUGGCCGGAGACGGAUGUGCGCGCCAUUGUGGUGACCGACGGCGAGCGUAUCCUAGGUCUGGGUGAUCUCGGCGCCAAUGGCAUGGGCAUACCCGUGGGCAAGCUGUCGCUGUACACGGCUCUGGCUGGCAUCAAGCCAUCGCAGUGCCUGCCCAUAACCCUGGAUGUGGGCACAAACACCGAAAGCAUUCUGCAGGAUCCACUGUAUGUGGGUCUGCGCCAGAAGCGUCCCACCGGCGCCCUUUACGACGACUUCAUCGAGGAGUUCAUGCAGGCCUGCGUGCGUCGCUUCGGCCAGAACUGUCUCAUUCAGUUUGAGGACUUUGCCAACGCAAAUGCCUUCCGUUUGUUGUCCAAGUACCGCGACUCGUACUGCACCUUCAACGAUGAUAUUCAGGGCACCGCCUCGGUGGCUGUCGCCGGUCUGCUGGCCUCGCUGAAGAUCAAGAAGACCACGCUGAAGGAUAAUGUUUUGCUGUUCUUGGGCGCUGGCGAGGCAGCUCUGGGCAUUGCCACACUCUGCACCAUGGCCAUGAAGGCCGAAGGACUGACCGAUGAGGAGGCCAAGUCACGCAUUUGGAUGGUGGACAGCCGUGGCGUCAUUGUGCGUGACCGUCCAAAGGGUGGCCUCACCGAGCACAAGCUGCACUUUGCCCAGACACACGACCCGAUCGAUACCCUCGAGGAGGCUGUGCGCCGCGUGCGUCCCAAUGUGCUGAUUGGCGCUGCCGCCCAAGGCGGAGCCUUCACCAAGGAGAUACUCGAGCAGAUGGCCGAGAUCAAUGAGACGCCCAUCAUUUUCGCGCUGUCGAAUCCCACCAGCAAGGCCGAGUGCACCGCCGAGGAGGCCUACACACACACUCAGGGCAAGUGCAUCUUUGCAUCGGGUUCGCCCUUUGCUCCAGUCACGUACAACGGCCGCAAGUUCUAUCCGGGGCAGGGCAACAAUUCGUACAUCUUUCCGGGCGUCGCUCUGGGCGUGCUGUGCGCCGGCAUGCUGACCAUACCCGAAGAGGUCUUCCUGGCCUCGGCCGAGCGCCUGGCCGAGCUGGUCUCCAAGGAGGAUCUGAACAGGGGCAGCCUCUACCCGCCCCUCAGCUCCAUUGUCAACUGCUCGAUAGCCAUUGCCGAGCGGAUUGUGGAGUAUGCCUACAAGAGUGGCCUGGCCACCGUGCAGCCGGAGCCCGUCAACAAGCUGGCCUUCAUCAAGGCGCAAAUGUACGAUUUGGAUUACCCACGUGCCGUGCCUGCCACUUAUCACUUGUAAAUGGAAGUAGCACCCCAGACCAGACCCCCGCGUACUUUCCAUUCCACUGAGCCAAGGGAGGCGCACGAGCAGCAACCAUGUUAUUUAUUAUAUAAAGUCGCAAAAUCUAAACACAUCUGUAUGUAUACGCCCCGCACCCACAACCACACACACUAUACACACUGGCUCCUAAAGAUCCUGAAGGAAUUUGCGCGACUUCAGCGAACAAUUUUUACAAUGUUGAUUUUAUGUAAAUGGGAUAUUGAUCUAAUAGAUAUGUAAACAAAUUCUAUGUAAUCUUGAACACAACACAAACUAUGCUAAGUAAAUACAAAAUAAAAUAU